UCUAAUUCGUUCUAAUGAGUCAUGCUGACACUGCUGGCACACUCAAAGUUAGCAGCUGUUUAAACAGCUUGCCAAAAUUGGAUCCUGAAACUGUUGAAACCUGCAUUUAAGCAGGAUUCAAUGCAAAGGUAAUGGUUUCUGUACUAGCACAUAUCUACCUUGUUUUGUUUGGAUAUUUUUAAUAUUUGCAUAUUUUACCACUUAAAAAUUCAUACGGCAAGUUUGUAAGAACUGUUUCUGAUCAUGUUUCCUAGGUACACAUAGAUAUAAAUCUUCAUUAUGCAUAUUAAAAAUGCAACAGCCAAGCUCUGAUUAUUCUCCAGACCCGGUCAAAGAAACCUGCACCUGCGUGGAACCUCUAGACAAGGAAGCUGAUCUCCAUAAGGAAAAUGCUGCUUGGUCUGAAAGCAGCAGCCCAGAAGAUGUCUUCAACUCCUCUGAAAUGCAGACAGUACCAGCCUGUAUGGACACCACCUUGCCUCCUGGAGACUACAUUCUCAGACGAGGUUACACAGAGCCUUCAGUUCUGAGGCUUCCUACAGAGGAGUGCAUUGGGACCCACCAUGUGCCUUUCCAGUUCAACCGUCAUGCUCGGGCCAGAAUUUCCACUUCUCCAACUUUAAGGCGCCUAAGGAUGGCCUCUGCCUCACAAGCACUAUCAUUUCAGGACUGUUCUGAGACAGCUCAGCUGGGAAAUCAAAAGGAAUACACUGGCUCUCUCCACCACAUUUGUAAGAGUCCACCUCGGUGCAUCACAAUUUCUUCAUUGUCAUUGCCUUCUUGUGUCCAUGCAAAGUUAUUGUCGUCCAAAGCCAAGUCUGAGGGUACUAUAGCAGUUCCAGAGUCUGACAUACCCAGAUCAAAGCUUCCAAGCAAAGAGGAUCCUCUCAGCAAUGACAGUCCCAAUGAGCAGCCACCCAGAAACUCUUGGAGAGCCAACUCUGCUACACUUCCUACGAGACUCCCCCACCUGAGCCCUACACUUUGGGCAGGUGUCCAGGUAAGAGGAAUAGAAGGAUACAACAUCUAUUUUAGUCUUUUGUAUUCAGUGUUGGUCCAUCAUGAGCCACCGAUUCCCUCCUGUAUCAGCAAGUUCCCCCUGCAGCCUCAAGAAGACAGAGAUGAUGUGUGUUGUUGUUGGUCUCGCAGAUCAGCCGAGCGCAGGCGAAGCUCCCUGGUAGUGAGUCUGCCUGGACUCGAGGUGUUCCCUGGAGACCUCCUGGUGUCAGACAGUGCCAUGGACUACCUGCCCUACUCAUCCUUCCUGCUCAGUGCAGAGUCCAAAAAGUCAAGGUGGCCAUUUGCCAAACGAGGAAUUGGUAAAGACAAACAGAAGCAAGCCUCUGAUCUGGAAAGUUGUCUUACUACUGUUAAGAUCACAGACCACUGCACAGAUGAAUUUUUCUGCUUUAAGAGUAAAUCUUGGUAUGAAUUUAUAAAUGAGCAACAGACUAAGCAGAAAGAUGUCAACAGCCAGUUAGAAAUGAAAAAAGAAGCAGCAGUGUGGGAACUUUUCACAAGUGAAUGCACUUACUUUCUGGAUCAUUUGCUGGUUCUCAAGAUGGUAUUUAUGAACACUCUGAAAUAUCUCCAGAGUAAUGAAUUUCUCUUGGAUGUGGAUUUGUGGAGACUUUUUGCAAACUUAGAGGAGUUAAAUAAGAUAAGUCUCAGUUUUCUGAAAAUAUUUUUUGAAACUGUGAAAAAGCACAUCAGCAAGUCAGACUAUCCUAUGGAUUUCAGCUCCAUACUCAGAACGUUUUUCCAGCGUGACCUCUGCCAGACACAUCAGAUUUAUUGCCUUAAUUAUACCUCUGCCAUCUUCUACUUGGAAAAACUGAGACAGAGAGAAGAUUUUGGCAUCUACCUGAAGUGGUGUGAACAAAAUGAACAGUGCAAAAGGUUGCAUCUGCCAGAGCUGCUGGUUGCUCCUCUACAUCGACUGACGCGGUAUCCCCUCCUCCUCAACAACAUCUGGAAGAGGAGCACUGACGAAACAGAGAAAAGUUUUAUCCAGUCACUUAAAGAGAAGGUGGAAAAGUCUAUAAGGGAUCUGGAAGGGAAAGUCAAGUGGUUGGACAACUUUCAGAAGUUCAGGCAGCUGCAAGAGGUCAUAAUUUGGCCUCAGGUCUGGGAUCGUGACAAAAGGUUCUUUGUCCCAGAGUGUUUGAAGCAGAACUUAAAAGAAAACAGCACUGAAAACAUUUUGUCUUCAGCGAACAGACUUCUCCUUCAUGAAGGGAAGCUGAUGCUAGCAGAAAGCACAAGACUCCUUGAUGUCUACCUCUUUUUAUUUGAUGAUUUCCUACUAAUUACCAAAAUUAAACGUAACAAAAAGAAAUAUGGAGGCUCAGACACCAAUUUAAUCCCCGUCUGUCCUUCCCUCACUCCCGAGCUGCAGUCCUUCAUAAGAGAGGGGGGAUUUUGCACAGUCCUAGACCAGCCCAUCCCACUAGACAGACUCAUACUGAAAAAUGUUGAACCCAUCCAGUUUACAGUCUUCAGCCUGCGAAAUGCUUUUCUAAUUCAGCAUGAGAACAGGUAUCAGCAGUGCAUUGCAGUCUUCUUGCUACAAGCUCAGACAGAGACUGCCAAGAAAACAUGGAUGUCACAGAUAGAAACGGCAAUCUCCAAUUAUACCACACAACAUGAAACCAAGAAAAGCACUGCUUUCUGCUUCCCUGUUGAAUCAUCUGAAAUUUAAUAAUGUCAGCAUUACACUGACAGAGCCAGUGGAAGACUAUUGUGGUGAUAAUAUAGUUAUUUCAUAAUAUAAAUAUAAUGCCUUAGGUCUCUGAAGCUAACAGAUUUCUGACUUGACAAAAAUAUGGCACAUAGACCACACGUGUAGGAAUAAAUUGGAGGAGGGCAAUGAGCCAUGCAACAAAUAUAUCACUCCUAGAUGCUCCUUUGCUUCACCUAGGGAAGGGUCUUGCCAUCCAGGGAAGCUUUAAUAGAGCUUGUCAUUUCCUAGAAAGCAUGACAGGGAAAAAACCUGUUGGUAAGGACAACUCAUUCACCAGAGAAGUUUAGAAGGGUUAUUGCAUCAUUCAAACUGUAUUAACAAAUUUCAUUAAAUUAGAAUUGUGUAGCCAUAGCUUCUGAUAUUUAUGUGUCUCUACCCACUAACCUAUAAUAUCCCAAGAUGGUUUUUGCAUUAAUACUGAGCAUGUGUCUAUUUAUGUAUACAUAUGUGUGCACUUACCUGGUCCAGUGCUCUCCAGAUACAGCCUGGCCACUGUGAUACACAAAUUCCUGCUCUUUC